AUGGUCUCUCCUUUUGCACCCCUCACUCUCCUCGCCUUCGCUGCUGCCGCCCUUGCACAGGGUGUCCUUAGAAUCGAAACUCCCGCUGGUGUCACCGUUUGCCGACCCACUCAAUUCACUUUUGAAGGUGGUGAACCCCCUUACUUCUUGUCUCGCAGUGCCUACCCCGCUGGUCAACCUACCGCUCCCCCUACCAUCGACUUUGGUGAAAUCAACGCCAGCCCCUUCCGAUGGACCGCCAACCUCCCCGCCGGCACCAGCCUCUUCUUGAGGUUGAUCGACAGCAACGGUACUCCCGCUGAAUCCGGCUCGUUCACCAUUCUUGAGGGCUCGUCCACCGAUUGCAUUGGUCAAGAACCUGAUGGUGAAGACGGUGAUGAUGAGACUCCCGCCCCUCCCGCUGGUAGCGGCUCUGCCCCUGCUCCUCCUGCUGGCACCCCCUCCACUCCCUCCGCCCCUGGUGCCGGUUCAUCCGGUGCUCCCAGCUCCGCUUCCUCUGGCGCUUCCACCUCCAGCAGUGCCCGCCCCACCCAGAGCGGUGCCGCCGAUGACGAGGAAGACGGUGCCUUGUCCACCUUCGUCUCUACUGGUGCCAUCGGUCUCGGUGCCAUCGCUGCCGCCGCCAUCCUUCUUUAAGAAGUCCCAGUCUAGUCCUUCAAAAUAUACCUGUGAUGCCCUUUUACGCUUUUCCUGGACCUUACUAGCGCAUCGAUCUAUCUUAAUAGGUUUAUAGAUUCGUGACUGACUUUCUAUUCGAUUCUAACCAAUGCCCUGUUGUUGUCACCCAUGUUGUCUUCGUGCGAGGGACAGUCUUCCUUAAAGAGUUUAUUAAUCUUCCUUUUGCAGGAUGUUGUACGCUUUUUUGACCAAUACUAAAUUCUGCGUCCGUUCCUU